CAUAAGAUCUGAUGAGAUUAUACAUAACAUAGGAAAGCAAAAAUUAAUUCCUGUUUCUAUUAUGAUCUCUACAUUGGACAAUGAGCUGAAGCGAGGCAGAAAUUCCCCGUCACUCUUCGGCAGGAAGAAUAUCACCAGGGAGGGGCCCAGGGACCUUGCCCUGGCUUCAGAGCCUGCUGGUGAGAUGACAUCAGAGCUCUUCUGAAGGAGGGGUAGGCUCUUCCUCACUGCUGGAGACACCACCUUUAGACACAGCUGGAGCAGCAGCAGCCUCCUUCCCAUGGACUCACUGAGAAUGGCUCACUUGGGCCCUCGGAAGAAGAGACCCAGGCAAAUGGGUGCCUCGAUGGCUUCUCCUCCUCAGGACAUCAAGUUCCGAGAUUUGGUCCUCUUCAUUUUGGAGAAGAAAAUGGGAACCACCCGCAGAGCCUUCCUCAUGGAGCUUGCUCGAAGGAAAGGAUUCAGGGUGGAGAAUGAGCUCAGUGAUGCCGUCACCCACAUUGUGGCAGAAAACAACUCAGGUCCCGAGGUCCUGGAGUGGCUUCAGGAGCAGAAUGCGAGAGCCAGCUCGGAGCCAGAACUCCUCGACGUCUCCUGGCUGAUAGAGUGCAUGCGCGCCGGAAAGCCCGUGGAGACGACAGGACAACACCAGCUCGUCGUGAGAAGAGACUAUUCGAGUGGCCCCAACCCAGAGCCCCAGGAGACUCCACCACUUGCUGGAAGAAAGAUCUCUCCGUACGCGUGUCAGAGAAGAACCACUUUAAACAACCGCAACCACAUAUUCACGGAUGCCUUUGAGGUCCUGGCUGAGAACUGUGAGUUUAGAGAAAACGAAGGCUCCUGUCUGGCAUUCAUGAGAGCGGCUUCUGUCCUUAAGUCGCUGCCAUUCACCAUCAUCAGUAUGAAGGACACAGAAGGAAUUCCCUGCUUGGGGGACAAAGUGAAAAGUGUCAUAGAGGAAAUUAUUGAAGAUGGAGAAAGUUCUGAAGUUAAAGCUGUGUUAAAUGAUGAGCGGUAUCAGUCCUUCAAACUCUUCACUUCCGUAUUUGGAGUGGGACUGAAGACAUCGGAGAAAUGGUUUCGGAUGGGUUUCAGAACCCUGAGUAAAAUAAGGUCGGACAAAAGCCUCAAAUUCACACGAAUGCAGAAAGCAGGAUUCCUCUAUUACGAAGACCUGGCCAGCUGUGUGACCAAGGCCGAGGCGGAGGCUGUGGGCGUGCUGGUGAAAGAGGCCGUCCGGGCAUUUCUCCCGGAUGCCUUCGUCACCCUGACAGGGGGGUUCCGAAGGGGUAAAAAGAUUGGGCAUGACGUAGAUUUUUUAAUCACCAGCCCAGGAUUAACAGAGGAAGAAGAACAACAACUUUUACCUAAAGUGAUCAACUUAUGGGAGAGGAAGGGGCUACUUUUAUACUACGACCUUAUAGAGUCAACAUUUGAAAAGUUCAGGUUGCCUAGCAGGAAGGUGGAUGCAUUAGAUCAUUUCCAAAAGUGCUUUCUGAUUUUGAAAUUGCACCGGCAGAGAGUAGACAGCGGCAAGGCCAGCCAGCAGGAAGGGAAACCCUGGAAGGCCAUCCGUGUGGACCUGGUCAUGUGCCCCUACGAGCGCCGUGCCUUCGCGCUGCUGGGCUGGACCGGCUCGCGGCAAUUUGAGAGAGACCUCCGGCGCUAUGCCACACACGAGCGGAAAAUGAUGCUGGAUAACCAUGCUCUGUAUGACAAGACCAAGAGGACAUUUCUCGAAGCAGAAAGUGAAGAAGAAAUUUUUGCACACCUGGGAUUGGAUUACAUCGAUCCAUGGGAAAGAAAUGCCUAGAAAAAUUUUGUUGACAUUUUAAAAAAAAAGUCUCCGGUUAAAUAAAUAUGCUUCAUAUUCUAGUUAAUGAUGCUUUCGGAAAGUUGGGGAUUCUUAAGCCUUACUGAAAUGCAGAUUGUUUCCAUCAGGAAAUCAUUUUGGAAACACGAUAAAGCACCACCUGUUAAUGGAUUAUGCUUGCCAGUGGUCGGCAAACUGCGGCUCGAGAGCCACAUGCAGCUCUUUGGCUGCUUGAGUUUUUAGAAAAGGCCAGCUUAGGGGUACUUUAAUUAAGUUAAUAACAAUGUACCUACCUAUAUAAUUUAAGUUUAAAAAAUUUGGCUCUCAAAAGAAAUUUCAGUCGUCGUACUGUUGAUAUUUGGCGCUGUUGACUAAUGAGUUUGCCGACCAUUGUAAUAGGCCUUUUGUAUGACCGUUGCUUAGCGUUCACCAUGCAUUUUGCCAUAGAAACAGCGUUGUCAUGGGUGGCUCCUUUCAUAGAAGCCCCCUUCCCCGCAGUGUAGCUGAAAUACUGUGUAUUUCCAAUAAAAAUAAGAGGACACAAGAUGGUGGAGUCUUCUUCCUUUUUUCCACUCAAAUAUUAAAAAAGAUUUUUAAACAAAAAUACAAAAUGAAAGAGUUUAAGGUUUAUUGCAAGUGGAGAAACAGGUUUCAUUGGGCCAGACAUUCCGAGGCAGGAAUCGUGGAACAAGGAGGUCUGGAAGGGCAAUGUCAGAGAGAAAUGGCUGAUCAGCACAACAGUAAGAGGGCUGCCACCUGAAGGGGAAGGUGGACAUUACAGACUGUGGGUCAGGAGGACAGGAGGAGGAGGGAUCCCAGUAGGCUUGAAGUAAUGAAAGGAUUUGGAUCCACACCGUU